UAAUAACACCAGCUAAGUAACAUCAGCACGUGCGUCCACAGAAUCCACAUAAGAGUAUAAAUUGUAACUCCAAGAACAUUUGCAAGGCUGAAUAGCGAAAAAUCCGUCAGGCAUAAAAUACAAGUAUAUUUAGUGUUUGUACUAGUGAGCGCGGGAAAAGUGCAAGUGCGUUUGUGGUUAUAUCGAGGUGGUUGUAGGACAAGUAGAAACAGCAGCAGCAGGUAGUUGUUGGAACAAUAUUGGGUAACAAUAGCAGCUGGAGCGGGAAUUGAGGGAACGAAAACAAUAUGUUCUAUUUGAUUGGAUUGGGACUUGGCGACCCGACUGACAUUACAGUAAAGGGCCUUGAAAUUGUAAAGCGCUGUGCGCGUGUGUACCUGGAAAUGUAUACUUCUAUACUUGGAUGCCAACAGGAGGAACUGGAAGCCUUUUAUGGACGUCCACUUCUGUUAGCAGAUCGCGAUCUCGUUGAACAAGGUGCAGAUGAAAUUUUGUCUGGUGCUGCCGAAGAAGACGUUGCAUUACUUGUAGUUGGAGAUCCGUUUGGUGCCACUACACACACUGAUUUCAUACUUCGGGCCAAAGAGAAAAAAGUACCAUACAAGGUGGUUCACAAUGCGUCCAUUAUGAAUGCAAUUGGGUGUUGUGGUCUACAGCUUUAUAAAUUUGGAGAAACUGUGUCGAUACCAUACUGGGAUGAGACAUGGAAACCAGAUAGUUUUUAUGACAAAAUUAAAUUAAAUAGGCUGCAUAAUAUGCACACGCUAUGCUUGCUGGACAUCAAGGUUAAAGAACCAACGCCAGAGUCCCUCAUGCGUAGGCGGAAGGAAUAUCAGCCUCCUCGUUUUAUGACGGUACCUGAAGCUGCGCAGCAAUUGAUGUCGAUUGUUGAGAAAAAGGAUGCACUGGAACGAAAUACUAUUCUAAAUGAACUAUCGCUAUGCGUCGGAUUGGCGCGUGUUGGUCAUGAAAGCCAAAGAAUAACUGUGAGUACAUUGAGGGAAAUGACACAAACCGAUCUCGGCGGUCCCUUGCAUUCACUAGUGAUACCAGCUAAAGAAAUGCAUCCACUUGAAGUGGAAUUCUUGCAACAAUACACAACAUUAAAAUUAGAGGACUACAAUCACUGAAAACAUCUCCAGGUUACAUAGACAAUUUUUGACAUCGCAUAUGGGUACACUAAAAGUUAUUCCACUAUGAUUGCAUGAUUUCAAAGAAUAAAAAACUUUCCUUACUACAGCAGCUCUUACGCAUCAACAAUCAAAAGCAGAUCCUCUUAAUUUUAAUUAAAUCUAAGAAAUGAUUGCUGUUAAAUGGUAUUUCACUUAGUUGUUUUUAUAACUACAUACAUAUGUAUGUCGUACUAUAUGGUGAAAAAAUGUUGUGCAUUUGUUGAAAUUAAUUGAUGUAUGUAAGUCUAAACUCGUUAUAAGCACAGUUCAACCUUUCGAGAAAGUUUUAUAACUUCUCAGUGUAUUGUAAUUCAUAAAAGGAGAAUAAAAAUAUUUUUUCCUACGUAAA